GGAAUUUAAACAAAUAAUAUAUUUUCAAAACCAAAUUACAAUCUUCCUCCCCCAGUAAUCCAGUUUCAGCGAGGUUUCGAAAGGGCAAUUGGGAGUUGUAGAAGAAGAUGGGGCGUGCCAAGGUUCAAUCCUUCAGACAACAAUUCUCUUUCGAAGAAAGAUGCCAAGAAUCACAAGAAAUCAUCGUCAAUUAUCCCGACCGAGUACCGGUGGUAGUUGAGAGGUAUUCCAAAACUGACCUCCCUGAGAUGGAGAAGAGAAAAUUCCUGGUCCCCCGAGACAUGUCUGUUGGGCAAUUCAUUUACAUCCUGAGUGGCAGGCUCCAUCUGAGUCCUGGGAAAGCUCUCUUUGUAUUCGUGAAAGAUACCUUACCUCAAACAUCAAGCUUGAUGGAGUCUGUAUACGAUUCAUACAAGGAUGAUGAUGGGUUCCUCUACAUGUGUUACAGCAGCGAGAAAACCUUUGGUUGUUUUCUUAACCCAGUAUGAUGCCACCACUUAUCUUGAUUAUUGUACUGUUCUUGUUUUGAUAUCAUGUGGGGAUAUGGGCAACUAUUUCGUUUCUUUAAAUUCACCUCUAAUCAGAAGUGUUUAAAUCAAACGUGUGACAAUAUUGUGCAUCUUCUAACAAUGAGGUGCUGUUUGGAAUAAAGGUUUGGAUAGUAUUUGUUUCUGUAAAUUCACCUGUAA